AUGUUGUCUCGUCGAUGUCGUAUUCAGGUUCGUCCAAAUCUGAAACCUAGCAAAGUGGGAGCAAAACGCCCUAAAGAGACAACAAGUACUGACCAGCAACAGAGCACUUAUGUCGCACCUUCUUCAGGGGACAUAAAACAAUCGGCAUUGAAUGAUUUAAACCCCAGCAGUUUACCAUCUAAACAGACCGUAGAAGGUGAGGACAUACAGGUUGUUCAGGAAAAUUCUCCUGCGCAAAAACCUGUAUCUCCGGGAGAAUCAGAGUCUCGAUGUACUUCUUCUAGCCAAGAAGACAAAGGAAUGGUGACUGACGUUGGUGAUAAUGAAGUGGCUGUUGAAUCAAAUGAUACUCAGUUUACGGAACAAGAUGACGUUCAAAGCACAAGUGAAAUUCAGCGUUCAGAAUCUCCUCUGAGAAGUCCCCUUUUGUUAAGAAAGUCAAGAAAGAAAUUCACUGGUGAGGAGCCACUUGAUCCCAAGACCAUGACCAUGCAUGACUUAAUAUCAUGGAAUCCAAAAAAUGAUACAGUAAUGAAAUAUCAUAGUAGUAAACGUGUUAGAAAAUCUUCAUCUGCUACUUCCGCAGGGGAAUCAACGUCUGAGGCCAAUUCUAGCAAGGCGGAAGAAAAAUGCUCUGCGUUACCAGCACCUAAAGUUCGUAUUGCUGAAGAUGGUUCCCUUGUCUUAGACGAAUCAAGCUUGACGGUCGAACAAGAAAAGUCUGCAAAUGUCUGGGAAACUGUUGACGAGGAUCGGGUGGUGAGGAAAAUUUCUUCUCUAAGUUUUCGAAAGUCUGCUUUGAGGAAAGGAACUCCCUGGACGGAUUUAGAAACGGAAUUAUUUUACCUCAUUUUGAGAGCUACGGGUCCAGAUUUUGGCUUAAUGCAUGAGUUUUUUCCGUCUCGGUCAAGAAAUGAACUGAAAAGUAAGUUCAAUAGAGAAGAAAGAACUAAUUGGGAUCGUCUUAAGCAUUCCAUGUCAACUCCUACCAUGCUUGAUGAUUCACUAUAUGAUGAGGCAGAGAGACUGCUGAAGAAAAUCAAAGAGGAAGCAGUAAAAAAGAAGGAAAAGAGUCAAUCUAAAAAGAAUCGUACUACAAGUGAAGUAGCUAGCGUAGAAUGGAACGAGGAAGAAGCUGAUUUAAUAGCUGAGGCAGAAGAAGAAAUUAGUCGGAUUGAGAAUGAGGGUGGUGCUAGAGGUGAAUCGGACGAGAUUACAUCAAAAAAGGCAAGGCGGAGUACAAAAGAUUCGAAAAAGAUGAAAGAAAGAAUUAUCGAGGAAGCGUCGAGUGAGGCUAAGAAAAUAAUGUUAAAUAAACAACGUCGUCGAUAUAACGCAGAAGCUAAAAAGCUUCGCAGUUUGCCUAUUGAUGGUUUGAGUGCAGGUUUCCCGAGAUUUAAACUUGUCUAUGAUGAUCAAGUGAUGGUAGUGUCAAUCAGUUUGGACGAUGAGCGAGUACCAGUCGUAAAGGCGCCAGUGGGUACAAUUGCUCGAGUUCUUCCGGAAGAUGAUAAACAGCCCGAGAGGGUGCUGUUUCAGUGUCCUGAGGCACCCGGUGUUUCUAUAAAACGGUAUAUUAUUAAACACCAAAGUGGACCAGGACAAGCGUCAUCUGGGUUUCUUCACUUGUUUGGCACAGCUCGUGAGUGA